AUGGCCUCCGCGUCAACAGCGCCGCUCGAGCCGGUGUCCAAGGCAGAAGAUGCCGUUGCGCCCGCAGCCGAAGACAUCACCAGUCGCGCAGAUAUGCUUUACGAGGAAUGCGCGAAGCGACCCGAAGGGACCACUUUUUUCCAGCGCGACCUCACGAGCAUGCAGAUUGCCAGAGAUCUGAAUGAGCUGCUCAACUUGGUCGGAGAUUUGUCGAAUAGGCACUUACUGAAGCCGCUGCAAUUCGAAGGCGAGCCAUGCUGGAAGCUGCGACCCAAGGACAUCGCCGAGAAGCUGCGACGCCUAGUACCCGACGAGCGACUACUUUACCAACACAUCGACAAUGCGCACACCGAAGGCGUCUGGUCCAAGGCGCUGCGGGCCAAAACGAACCUCGCGCAACCGACCGUGACUAAGUACCUUAAAAGCCUCGAGUCGAAAGACCUCAUCCAAGCUGUCAUGAGUGUCAAGACGCCGAAUCGUAAAAUGUAUCUGCUCAAGCACCUCAAGCCAUCCGAGGAUGUCGCAGGCGGCCCGUGGCAGAAUGAAGGAGACUUUGACAGCGCUUUGAUAGAAGUAGCUGCGAAGGUCAUAGGGAACAAAGUGCAGGAGGAAACCUGCAUCAGAGUCUCCGGCACUUGGAAUAACUAUGCGUCCAGCGAUCGCCAAGCUGCCAUUGCCCACAAGAAAGCGCAGGUGAAGGGCGUGCCGGAUAUCGAAGAGGCUCUGCCAGUCCAGCCCUACCAUCCUCCGGUCGAUCCUAGCGCCUCCCGACUCGUACACAGGAGCAACCCUUUCUACCCUACUACGUUGGGCCUCGCCAAGUACCUCAAUAGCAUUCAACUCCUGAGAGGGAAGACGGUACGCGAGUCCGACAUGGAGCAGCUGUUGGAGAUGAUGGUGCUGGAAGGCACACUGGAGAAGGUGACGGCUACGGCCUACCGGACUGUUUUACCCAUAUCGGACCAGAAGUACAACGGCUUCGUUGAUGCACCCUGUGGAAACUGCCCAGUCUUUGAUCUCUGCAGCGAUGAGGGACCCAUUACGGCCAGGACUUGCGCCUACUUUGCCGAAUGGUUAGACACGACAUCCGAGGAGCCUUAG